UUCUCUGGAAACGCAGGACGUGGGCUCUGGUUUCGAUUGUUCUUGGUUACAGUAUUUUGUGUUAAUUUGCAUCCAACAAAGAGAGGCGAUAGUGGCGGACAGCUAUAGCGGAGGGGUCCUAGUUUCCGUGGUGAUGCCAGAGUUGGGUGUGGCCAAGGGGAGACAGGAAGUUUCAUUCCAGCAAAACUCGUUAGAAAAAUACAAAUACUUUUAUUUACAUUAAUUCAGUAAAACAGUAUGUCAGUUUACUGGUUUAAAUAUCUAACGCUUAACCGGAAUUAGGAGCUCUGUUUUUUUUUUUUUUUUUUUUUGGUUUACAACAGGUGAUAUUCCAGAACGCGCUGCAAAAAAGGACUCUUCUGUGUGAAAUGACAGAGUAUAAACUGGUGGUGGUUGGAGCUGGUGGAGUGGGUAAAAGCGCCUUGACAAUCCAGCUCAUUCAGAACCACUUUGUAGAUGAAUAUGAUCCAACCAUUGAGGACUCAUACAGGAAGCAGGUGGUGAUUGACGGUGAGACGUGUUUGUUGGACAUCCUGGACACAGCUGGACAGGAGGAGUACAGUGCCAUGCGGGAUCAGUACAUGAGGACAGGAGAGGGCUUCCUCUGCGUCUUCGCCAUCAACAACAGCAAGUCCUUCGCAGACAUCCACCUGUACAGAGAGCAGAUCAAGCGCGUGAAGGACGCUGACGAUGUCCCGAUGGUGCUGGUGGGGAAUAAGUGUGACCUGCCGACGCGGACGGUGGACACAAAGCAGGCUCAGGAACUAGCCAGGAGUUACGGGAUCGAGUUUGUGGAGACAUCGGCAAAGACAAGACAGGGCGUGGAGGACGCGUUCUACACACUGGUGCGGGAGAUCCAGCAGUACCGCAUGAAGAAGCUGAACAGCAGCGAAGACCUCAAGCAGGGCUGCAUGGGGGUGUCCUGCGCCGUGAUGUGAUCAGGGCUCGGGUCCUUCUGCCUCGUCCCCUCCUUGCUGGGCCCGCCCUGGGGGGAGUGUGGCUGCUCGCUGGUUUGGACAGAAUGCUGUGAAAGUAGAAGACAGACGUCGCCCUUGAUGAUUUGUUGUUGUUACUGUUGUUUGCUGGAGAGGCAGGGCCUCACGUGGCAGCUGCUCCUGACUUUCCCUUCCCUUUCCUGUGGACCCCAACGGCCUGCCUGCCUGCCUGCCUGCCUGCACUGUGGACUGACCAGACAAGCAAGCCAGACUGGGAUAGCAAUCGUCAGGGGCUCGGCUUCACUGCCAACCCCCCCCCCCCACCCCUCCACCCCCCUGCCUUCACCAUGCAAGUACAGAACUGGAGUGGAUUCACUUCUAUAGAGUAAAUUCACUAGAUUCCUUGUGUUUUUUUUUUUUUUUUUUUUACAUAUAACAGAAUUACUCAGUCACACACAUGUUUGUUGUGCUUAUGAGGACUCUGCAUUGACUCCCAUAUAGUAUAGAUUACACUAUUCUGUACUCCAGUGGGGCCCUAUAAAUGAGAGCUGGGGCUGAAGUAAAUACUCCUGCAUUGAAAGUUUUUUUUUUUUUUUUUUUUUAAGUUUGAAAUAUUUUUUUAAAUAGUACAGGGAUGUGGUUUAUGUCCUCGUAAGGUUCUGUGGGGACUUUUAAUUUUUUAUUUAGCCGUUCAGCACUAUAAACACGCACAGAAACACACACAAAGAUUUUCAAGAAUCUCAUUUUAAAAAUCGAACCCAUUCAAACGGUGGUACCUGAUCUUGGAUGUCGUUCUCCCGUUGACAGGAGUACCUGUGCCCUCCAGAUUUCUCUUGAGUAACCACUUCCAGUUUGAAUGUCUUUACACGAAUGCUGUAUUAUGUUAACCUGCUGAUUUUGCUGUGAACCUCCACGACUGGCUCAGACCGCUCUUGAUCUGGUGUAGAAAUUCGAAAGCUUCUGGAGACACAAGGGGGGGCCCCCUGCGAUGCUCCAAACGUUUUUUGAAACCGACCCGUAGCCCUCAAGGGCCGUGUGUUUUUUGUUUUAGUUUUAGCCAUUAACCUAAUAAGACCUACGUAUGUAGUGAAAUGAGUGUUUAUUAUAUAAACAUUUAAACAGAUCAGCCCUCUAAGAUGCAACAUCUCGAUUUGACAGGCUGCCUGUAGGCGGUCUGACUGAAUUCUGGAAGGGCGCGACUUAUUUUUAUAUAUUAUCAGAAUAAAUAUUCAGACAAUGGUUAAAACAAAGACCCUGGCUGGAGCCUGGAACCGCUGCUUGGAGAGGUUACAGUAAUAAUUACGAUGAAGGUUUAGGGGGAGAGGACCACCCCUCUUGCAGUCUAAACUCCUCUAGCAACACGAACCCAGCCCAGGCACUGUUCCUCCUCAACCCUGCAGGCACAGAGGCUUGUGUGAAACUCUUUCCAUUAGUCCUAGAAUACCACUGUUAUAUCCAGCCCGCUGUCCUGGCUCUGGGGCUGGCAAGCUAUUCCGAUGUUUUUAGCAGUAUGAAGUGAAGAUUGAAAUUCCUUCCUUACUAAUGGCUAAUUUAUGGGUUGCUGAAUGACUGUAACUUAACGCCUGUGAAAUCCGACAGGAAAGCAUGUGCAGAGGCUGUGUGUAAACCUUACGAUAAGCGCGGUUUAAUACAGGAUCUGAUGUGCCUUUUUUGAAGUGAUUUCAGGUCGCAGCUGCCUCUGUCUGGAAGAGACUUGGAUGGCUUGAGAUCUGAGAGGCUGUAAGGACAGAGAACUGCCAUCAAGAGCCUUAACACGUCAACCUUUGACGAGUAAUUUACACUUUGAAAAAACUGUAGCCUCUAGGUGCCUUUAUUGUACCAUAAGCGUCCUGGCACUGCAGGGUGACGUCAUUGAUUCUCGUAGUUAGUGUUCGCAUUGCACGCAGUGCUGUUAGAAUGGGCACCGAAAACAGGGAGCGACUAAUCUUGUUCUAAAGAAGCUUCUAUGCCAAGUGAGUUUUGUGUUUUAGAUUCAUUUUAUCUUUCUCUGAGCAGCCACUACACUGGAACUUGUUUUAUUUCAUCAUGUGUGUCUGUGCAUUUCAAGGUUUUGCACAUUUAAAAAGAAAAAACAGGGCAUUAUGUUAAUUUUGGAAAUAUUUAUGAACCAAUAAGAAAGCUACUGGUUGAAACAUUUCACCCAAUACCAAGGUGCAGGGGUAAGCUCCUUCCAUCAUUCACUGGCCAAUGAAAAAACGCUUGGAUCAUCUUCCACACAGUUGUCUGGCUGUUGAGAAUGGCUAGUGCGUGUGUGUAGGGGAGUGGGAAAGGGGAUGUUGAAACCCUUAGCCAAUGGGGGGGAGAAAAAAGGGAUUUUAUUCACUGGAAAAAUAAAUCAAUACCUGAAUUUGAACUUUCUUUUCCCCUGUAGUGGAUAGAACUGGUCAUUUGAAUGCCUGUUUAAAUGCAGAACAAGCUGUAUGCUUGUGAGACUUACCUACAGAUACAGAAGCCAAGGGAGCAGUAAUAUUUAAACUUGCACAGAUCUGUGUUCUUUCAGCCGGAUCGCUUUGCAGUUUUGUAAAUGCUUUUGAGUUGUGGUGGCCAGACCCUGACAGUACAAACACCUCUGCAGACGUGACCUCGCACUGCAGCCGCUGUUUCUGUUGUUAAUUGAACCACAGUAACCAAAUACCACUGCUCUUUUAGGGUUGCGUCUAGUUGUAUGUCUUUUUUUAGUUUUGUAUAGACUUCACACUUUAAAUAAACACCUUUUUACAUAACGACCAAGUAUUUGUCUCGUAUCUACACUCCUGAACUCGAGGCCCGUUUCAAAACCCUUCACACGAGUUUCAAGGGUUUCUGUGUACUGCAUUGUGUUAAAACGCCUGCUGAAAUUCAAGGGUCUCUUUUUGCAAGGGCUACAGUCUGAAAACUUCCUGCCACUGUAAAUUGUGAUAAAACUUGAGCUUGUUAAUUAUGAUGAACUGAAAUGCUUUUAUAUGUGUGUACAAUGCAAAGUUAACCCUUUUUUUUGUUAGUGAAAUUAUUUUCUGUAUGAUUUUCUUUUUAAAUAAUUAGAGUAUUGAGGCAGGUACCCUGUAAUGUUGGUUUUCACAGGGGUGAUCAAACUAGAUUACUCAAACAGGUUCUCUUCUGAAUGAAAGAAAUACAGUGAAAUAACUGAAGCUUUGGCCCCUUUUUCAACCGGGAAUAGCGAUUCACAAUCGUCUUUGAAAAAGGGUAAAAAAUAAAAAAUUUGAACUUC